AUGGGCCAAGACGAAAUCCACCGCCCUACAAAGAAGCCCAAGACAGACGAGAAUGGAGUGGAAGAAUGGAAGAAACAGCCUCCGUAUAAGAUUCAUCACAAUCAGACCAACAACGGGGACAAGUUUGAAGCCAGAUACGAAGCUAGUUGCCAUUGUGGCAAAGUGGAAUACCAGCUGUCAAGAGAAGAGCCGUUGGAUUCAAAGCUCUGCCAUUGUACAACCUGUCAGACACAACAUGCUGCACCGUUUCAAUGGGCCGCAAUUUUCCACAAGGACGAUAUCAAUUUCACAAAUGGUCACCAUAACCUCGAGUGGUAUGAUCCCACAUCAAAGUCGAUCGAACACGAGUUGCCCUGCAAGGUGAGGUGCAAUUACUGCCAUUCGCCUAUCAUGGACGAGGGACGAAACAUGGUUCUUCUCUUUCCGACUCUGAUCAAGUUCAAGAAUGACCAGGAAAAGGCCAACUUCAAGCCUCGGUUGCACAUGUUCUACAACGAGCGGGUCAUGGAUAUCCCCGAUGGCUUACCCAAGUGGAGCAAGAUUAAUGAGGGCGAGGACUCUGAACUGAUCGAGGAUAGCCCGCCAGAGGAAAUCAAGGCUCUCGAGCGGAAGAGAUCGAGAGAGGCAAAGGAGCGAACUGCGAAGAAGGAUUAG